AUGGAGGGAUGGUUUGGAGAUAACGCAUACGUUAUGAUGGGACUUAUAGAAGUUGGUGCCGUCAACACACCAGCCAGAUUACGGGUGUCUGCGGAUGCUUGGGUUUACAGCGGAACUGAGAGAGAAGGAAUGGAGAGAAGUGGGUUCCUUAUUUUCCUCUUUCUUUUAAAUAUGCCGAUAUACUGUGGCGGAUAUUGGAAGGUGAGCGGUAGUUGCUUGGAUUCCGAGAGAAAAGCUCUAACCACUUUUUGGAAGGCUCUCAACGAUCCUUCGAAUUUUCUCUCUUCUUGGGAUGAUGAAGCCUCAGACUGCUGCAAAUGGACAGGAAUUACCUGCCACAACAUAACUGGGUAUGUUCUUAACCUCGACCUCAACGAUCUCACUCUAAGUGGCAGAAUUGAUCCAGCUGUGGUUGAACUGAAGCAUCUUCAGUUGUUGGACUUGGGCUACAAUGCUUUUUAUGGUAUCCCAAUUCCACAGUUUUUGGGUUCCAUGAAGGAGUUGAGGCAUUUGAAUUUGUCACAUGCAAGGUUCAGUGGGAGAAUCCCUCAUCAGCUAGGAAACCUCUCUAAACUCAUUUCCCUCAAGCUUUCUUCCUUUCCCGACCACACCUUGACUGCCAAAAACCUGUGGUGGUUGAGAAGCCUAACUUCUCUCAAGUACCUCGACAUGUCUUAUGUGAACCUUUCCAUGGCAAGCCAUGAUUGGGUCCACGUAAUGAACAAGUAUCCUUCCCUCGUUGAGCUACGCUUAUUCGGAUGUGAUCUUUCAUAUAUUUCUCCAACUCUUGCUUCUGUUAAUUUCACAUCUCUCCGUAUCCUUGAUCUCAAUUUCAACAACUUCAAUUCUAGAAUUCCAAAGUGGAUAGCUAACAUUAGCAGCCUUGUGUCUUUAAAUCUCUGGGAUAACAAAUUUGACGGUCCAGUUCCUUACCAAUUUUCACAACUUCCCAACUUGGAAGAGUUGAAGCUGGGAGAUUCUCUAAGUGCUAACUUUUCACAACUCUUAGAAGGCAGGUGGAGUAGGAUCAAGCUACUUUAUCUGUCUUUGAGUAAUAUGUAUGGAGGAAUCCCCAAUUCUAUUGGAAAUAUUGCCUCACUUGUGGAUCUUGAAUUGGUAUUCAAUGAGAACACAAGAGGUAGCAUUCCAAGAGCAAUAAGCCCAAUCCCUGCAGCACUUGGAGGAUUGUCUUCCUUAGAAAUGUUAUAUCUCCCUGAGAAUCAGUUGAAUGGGACAAUUCCGACAAAUUUAGGACAACUUUCUAACUUGUCUUGGCUUCACCUCUCUAGCAACUCUUUGACAGGAAACGUGUCUGAAACUCAUUUUGAAAACCUCACAAAGUUGGACCGCUUAGAUUUGUCUUUUAAUUCUUUGGCUUUCAACCUACACCCUCAUUGGGUCCCUCCAUUUCAGCUUUCUACAAUUUCACUAGGAUCAUGUCAUUUAGGUCCUCGGUUUCCUCCCUGGCUACAAACGCAAAAGCGGAUAGGCUUCUUGGAUCUCUCUAACGCAGCCAUCUCAGACAUCAUCCCCACCUGGUUUUGGGAUUUAGCACCCCAACUUUAUUCACUGAACCUCUCAAAUAACGAGAUUUCUGGCCAAUGGCCCAACUCUCUAAAAAUGAUAUAUACUAAUCCCAACAUUGAUUUGAGUUCGAAUCAUUUCAGUGGUCCCACACCUUGCAUAUUGAAUGGAGCUGAAGUACUAGACCUCUCCAUCAAUCAAUUUUCUGGGUCAAUCCCACCCAAUUUUACAUCCACAAUGCAAUAUUUACAAGUGUUUUCUGCCAGAGGUAAUCAAAUCAGUGGCAUAAUUCCCUCAUCCAUAAGCAAACUGAAGUAUCUUGUUGUCCUUGAUCUUUCCCAAAACAAUAUAAGCGGCACCAUCCCAUUCAGAUUGGGUGAUUGUGUAGACCUCAUCGCACUUGAUUUGAGCAAGAACAAUUUAUCAGGAAGAAUUUCCACAUCUUUGAGUCUACUAUAUCAACUUCAAACAAUGCACUUGAGCAACAAUAGCCUAUCAGGAAAAGUUCCUUCAACUUUGAAGAAUUGUACUCUUUUGGAGACUCUCAACCUUGGACACAAUAAUUUCUCAGGUCAGAUUCCCGAUUGGAUUGGCAAAAGCUUUCCGGUUUUAAGAAUUCUGAAUUUACGAUCCAAUAUAUUUACUGGCAACAUCCCACCACAAUUGUUAAACAUAACUUCUCUUCAGGUCCUUGAUUUGGCACAAAAUUGCUUAUCUGGUUCAAUUCCUCAAAGUCUUCAGAAUCUCACGGCCAUGAAGAAUGAGCAGAAGACAGACUACUUCUUUCUGAAUGUAGCAGGAUAA